CUUGCCAGCUUCGCCACGUCAUAUUGAGUGCCGUGUUGUCGAUUUAUUCUUGUCAAUCUUGCAAAGUUAUCCUGAUAAUAUUUAUUUAUUAGCCAUAUUUCAUUGAAAUAUAAUUAUAUUGUUAAAAAUACAAUAUGAAUAUAUUUCGUUUAUCUGGCGAUUUAUCGCAUCUUCUUGCUGUUAUUAUCUUGGUACUAAAAAUAUGGACUACACGAAGUUGUGCCGGUAUCAGUGGAAAAUCACAAAUACUUUUUGCAAUUGUCUAUGUAACAAGAUAUCUUGAUUUAGUAACGACAUUUGUGUCAGUCUACAAUACAUCAAUGAAAGUUAUAUUUAUUGGUGCUUCAUUUGCAACAAUUUAUUUGAUGUAUUCAAAAUUCAAAGCAACAUAUGAUCAUAAUCAUGAUUCAUUCAGAAUUGAAUUUCUAUUGGCACCAACAGUCAUAUUGGCAUUAUUGAUAAAUCAAAAAUUUACAGUACUUGAAGUUUUAUGGACAUUUAGUAUUUAUCUUGAAUCAGUUGCUAUUUUACCACAAUUAUUUAUGGUAUCUAAAACUGGAGAAGCUGAAAGUAUUACAAGUCAUUAUUUAUUUGCACUUGGUUCAUACAGAGGAUUGUAUUUACUUAAUUGGAUUUAUCGUUAUUAUGCUGAAGAUCAUUAUGAAUUAAUUGCCAUUGUUUCUGGUAUUGUACAAACUGUCUUGUACUGUGAUUUUUUUUAUCUAUAUAUUACCAAAGUACUCAAAGGCAAGAAACUUCAAUUACCUGCUUAGCUACAUAUUUUAAUUAUUGAUAAAUAUAUUAUUUUAAUAACUUUUUUUCUCUUUUUUAUAUAUCAUUUGAAGUAAUAUUUAAAAUUGAUAAAACAUUGCAAAGAAAAUUUAAUAAAAAAAAAAAAAAAAGAAAAAGUUAUUGUUUAAAUUUUUCAAUUUGUUUUGGAUUUUACAAAGUUUGUCAUUUUUAUAUUUUUUUUAGUAAAAACUUGUUUAUUUUUUAUUUUUUUUUUUUUCUCUAACAUUUAAAUUAGAUUAAUUUUUAAUAUUAGCGCACAAUGCUUAAAAAAAAAAUUUCCAUAAUCAUUGAUGCCUCGUUAAUGUCAACCACGUAAGCGUUUUUUUUUUUUUAUCAUCCAAAGUAAUUCAUAAAAUAAUAAUUUGUAAAUAACGAUAAAUUUUUAAUGGAUUAUCAUUAAAAAAAAAAAGAUAAACAACUUGGUGGUUUUAAUUAUAGAAAAAAAAAAUAACGUAAAAAUAGCUCAUUGUAAAGUUGAAAUCAUCAGAUCAAUUGGGACUCAUUAAACUUGACAGCAUUGAUUUAUUAUUAACAAAAAAAAAAAAUCAACAAAUUU